AACCCAAAACCAAGAUACUUUUCUCAUUUUUCGUCUCUUCGUUGACUGUGUCUAGAUAAGAUCUCUGAGUUGUUCCUUAAAUCGUUUAUAGUUGUUUUCCGUUCGUCUUAUUGUCUGCUGAUUUGUUUUCACUCACAGUUUAGUUCAAGUUCUUUCUUCAAAAUUGUUUGAACUGAGUGUAGAUCUUCGGGAAUAUUUGGUUCAUAUCUCCAAAUAUAUAUACAUACGCACGCAUCACUGCUUUAUAUUUCUGUUCCCUUCAAUUAAAAUUUUGGUACCCGAUAAACAUGUCUUCCCACAAACAGUUUGAUCACUUACGAAUCCCGCUUGAAGAGAUAGUAUCUGCCACCGACAAUUUUUCUGAUGCAAAUUUCAUCAGACAUGAUGGAUUUGGAAAGGAGUACAAAGGACAACUCUUGCAGUCCGGUCGAUUGGUCGAUAUCGUUGCACGAAGGUUAGAUGAUAAGAAUGGAAUAGGAAUCAAAGAGUUUUGGAUGGAGGUCUCGAUGCUUUUUACACUUGAGCAUCAAAAUAUCGUCUCUAUCGUUGGGUUUUGUGACGAUGGUGAUGAUGGCGAGAAGAUCGUCAUAAACAAGCGUGAGAGUACCCGUGGAAGUGUUUUUAACUAUCUAAGAGACCCGAGCUUCACAUGGAUGCGAAGGUUGCGGAUAUGUGUUGGUGUUGCGCGGGCAUUAAAUUACAUUCAUUAUGAUGAGGGACGUGAUUUUAGCGUCAUUCAUCGCGAUAUCAAGAGCUCAAAGAUUUUACUAGAUGACAACUGGGAAGCAAAAUUAUCUGGUUUUGAACUUUCCAUGAGUCAGGCAGCAGCUGAAAGGAACCGUCCUUGCCAGCCAUCUAAAGUUUGUGGCACACCCGGAUAUAAGGACCCAACAUAUGUCAAGACUGGAAGUGUGUCCCACAAGUCCGAUAUGUUUUCCUUUGGCGUGGUAUUAAUUGAAAUACUUUGUCGCAAGGAAUACGAGGGUGAGGACUAUCUAUAUGAAUUGGCCAAAUCACAUAUUGAAAAUGGAAGACUAUAUGAUAUGGUGAAUCCGGGUCUAUGGAAACAAAUGGACCCACAAUCAUUCAAAAUCUUUUCAGAAAUAGCGUAUUGUUGCUUGAAGGCAGAACCAUCAGAACGACCAAGUAUAGAUCAGAUUCUCAUACAACUUGAGAAAGCACUGGAAUCUCAACAGGAACAAGAAAAUCAUCAAGAAAAGAUUGAAGGCGCAAUAUCCAAGAGCUUGAAGUUGGCUCACUUACAAAUCCCACUUGAAGAGAUAGUAUCAGCCACCAACAACUUUUCUGAUGCAAACCUUAUCGGACGUGAUGGGUUUGGAAAGGAGUACAAAGGACAACUCUUGGGGUCACAUGAAUUAGUCAACAUUGUUGCGCGGAGGUAUUUUGAUGAUAACUCAAGGAGAGAAAGCAACGUGUUUUUUAUGGAGGUUUCGAUGCUUUCUAAACUUAAGCAUAAAAAUCUUGUCUCUAUCAUUGGGUUUUGUGAUGAGAACGGUGAGAAGAUCAUCAUAAACAAGCAUGAGAGCCGUGGAAAUCUGUAUGACUAUCUACGAGACCCGACCCUCACUUGGAUGCGAAGAUUGCAGAUAUGUGUUGGGGCCGCACACGCUUUGAGUUACAUUUAUUAUGAUAAGCGACGUGAUUUCAGCAUCAUACACCGUGAUAUCAAGAGCUCCAAGAUUUUACUGGAUGAGCAGUGGGAAGCAAAAUUAUCUGGUUUUGAACUUUCCAUCACUCAGACAGCAAGUCGAAGGGACCGUCUUUGCGUUCUUGCGGAUGUUUGUGGUACGAUAGGGUACCGUGACCCAACAUAUGUUCAGAGUGGAAUCGUGACCCACAAGUCAGAUAUUUAUUCAUUUGGCAUUGUAUUAUUGAUGAUGAUAAGUUGUUAGCUCCAUCAGCCAGAUCAUACUAUGAAGAGGGAAGACUAGAAGAUAUGAUAGAUCCGGUUCUAUGGAAACAAAUGGACCCAAAAUCAUUCAAAAUCUUUUCGGAAACAGCAUACUACUGCGUGAAGGAACAACGACAACAACGUCCAAAUAUACAUCAGAUUGUCAUACAACUUGAGAAAGCCUUGGAAUUUCAAUGGAAACAUCAAAACCCUGAUUUCAUAUCAAAGGCUCACUCUAUGGUUAAGGGCAUGACUUCCAAGAGCUUGAAGGGGAAAAACUUGAAACACUUAGAGAUCCCACUCAUUGAUAUACAAUUGGCCACCGAGAAUUUUGGUAAAACAUACCUCAUUGGGUCAGGCGGAUAUGGUGAUGUGUACAAAGCUGAACUUGACCAUUUUGAUAGCAAAAACUUGUUGCCAUUAGAAGAGAAGAAGACAAGGGAACAUGCCAAGAAGCGCUCCACUGUAGCUAUCAAACGCAUAUUGAAUAGAGAAGACAAACAAGGAAUACAAGGGUUCCUAGCAGAAAUUGAAAUGCUUACAAAUUGUAAGCAUCCCAACAUAAUCUCUCUUCUUGGAUUUUGCAAGGAAGGUGAUCAUAUGUUACUUGUCUACGAGCAUGCUUCUAAAGGAAGCCUUAGUGAUUAUUUGGGAAGCACCGGUGGUAAGUUGACUAAUCUUAGUUGGGUGCAACGUAUAAAGAUAUGUAUUGAUAUCGCACGCGGAUUGAAUUACCUUCAUACCAAGAUAGAGGACGAUCGAAGGAUAAUACACCGUGAUAUAAAAAGCGAUAACAUUUUGUUAACUGAGAAUUGGCAAGCCAAGAUUGCUGAUUUUGGGCUCUCCAGAUUACGCAGUGUGAAAAAAAGUCAACAAGUGAACAAGACUCUCAAUACAGAAACUCGUGCAGGCACAGAUUUUUAUUGGGACCCAGAAUAUUUUAAAACGGGUAGGUUGAAAAAUGAAUCAGACAUUUACUCUUUUGGGGUCGUUUUAUUUGAGAUCCUGUCAGGGAAGCUUGCCAAUGAUGAAAUUUACACCAAAGAAAAUAUCAACGGGAUUGCACCUGUCGCAAGACGUCGCUUCAAUGAGGGAACAAUAAGGGAAAUGGUAGAUCCUAAGUUGAUGGAAGAAACUCAUGACAACAUUUUCACUUCAAGUAGAGGACCCGACAAAGAUUCAUUGGAUACAUUUACAAAAAUUGCAUACCAAUGUGUUGCUGAAUCUCAAACUAACCGUCCAACAGCAGAAGUCAUAAUUAAGGAACUUGAGGAAGCGUUAUCUUUACAAGAAAACAUCAAGGACCACCUCAAAUUCUCACUUGAUGACAUUAAAACUGCCACACAAGACUUCAGCCAUAACAACUUGAUUGGUCAUGGAGGAUUUGGGAAUGUAUAUAAAGGAGAAGUUACACAUGCUAAGGGACGUUCUACUAUUGCUGCAAAGCGGUGGCAUGGGGAAUAUGAACAGGGAGAACACAAAUUUUUGAUGGAGCUUCAAAUUCUCUUGGAAUAUAAACAUGAAAAUUGUAUUGGUCUUUUAGGCUAUUGCAACGAAAUGGGUGAAAAAAUCAUUGCUUAUGAGUAUGCUUCUAGAGGAAGUCUGGAUAGGUACUUGAAGGACAAAGGUCUUAUGUGGAUGAAACGGCUUGAGAUAUGCAUCGAUAUUGCAAGCGGGUUGGAUUUCCUUCAUGGAGGUGGAGUAGCACAAGAGCCGGUGAUGCAUAGAGACAUUAAAAGCUCAAACGUUCUAUUAACCAAUGAUUGGAAAGGAAAAAUUUCUGAUUUUGGGCUUUCGUUAAUAAGUCCAUUAAAUAAGGAUAUUGACUUUGUCAUUGAUAAUUUAUGGGGCACAAUAGGCUAUAUUGACCCACUAUACCUGAAAUUGGGUUUCUUAACCAAAGAAUCUGAUAUAUAUUCACUCGGCGUUGUUUUAUUUGAGAUAUUGUCUAUCAUGAAAUGCAUAUGUUGAUUACAAUA